AAAAGGUUAAUGUGGAAAAACGGACAAGGCGAAAGAGAUAUUAUUGCUGCAGACUCUGCCCCCUACCAGGACAAUAUGGCCCGGUCUCUGUGGAAAAACGAACUUCAGAGAACAGAGAUACAGAUUCCACCGAGCCAGGAGAAUAUGCCUUCCCGGUUGAGGGAACCAUUAUGCUCACCAGAGAAAGGAGAGAAGACAAAACUCAAACAGAAAAAAAAAAUGAGCCCCGCCUCUGUAGUAAACUACAAGGCGGAUGUGGACCCAUGGAAAAGGUCUCUGUGGAAAAACGAACUUCAGAGAACAGAGAUACAGAUUCCACCGAGCCAGGAGAAUAUGCCUUCCCGGUUGAGGGAACCAUUAUGCUCACCAGAGAAAGGAGAGAAGACAAAACUCAAACAGAAGAAAAAAAUGAGCCCCGCCUCUGUAGUAAACUACAAGGCGGAUGUGGACCCAUGGAAAAGGUCUCUGUGGAAAAACGAACUUCAGAGAAAAGAGUUACAGAUUCCGCCAAGCCAGGACAAUAUGCCUUCCCGGUUGAGGAAACCAUUAUGCUCACCAGAGAAAGGAGAAAAGACAAAACUCAAACAGAAAGACAAAAUGAGCCCCGCCUCUGUAGUGACCGAGCAGGUGGAUGUGGGAUGGUAA